AUGGCGGCCUGCACAAGGCUGCCCUUUCGCUUCCCACAAUACCUGCUUACAAACCAAAAGCUUGUCCACACAGAAGCGGCGGUAGCGGUGACCAAAGAAGCUGUCUAUCCCCCCAUUAAGCCUUCUCUUACGGCUAAAAGCAAAUCGGCGCGGGCCCGUCAGGUAGAAGAACAAGUCGAACGGAUAAAGGCGUCUCCGGUGCUAGAGAAACUCCGGCUUCUCACUCGCAUUCAGCGGGAAAAGUAUGUCGUCUACCCGCAGACGUUUGCGCGCAACGCGGAUAAAUGGUACCAACAUUUCACCAAGACCGCCUACAUCCCCGGCUUGCCGGAGCAACUUGACCCGGCCCGACUUGCCACCACCGAGGAGGAGAAGGGCUCCCCAUUAGCCGACCUCGGCAUUGGAAAUGAGGCGUUCGAGGAUAUCCGUUCAUUAGUGACUCGCGUCAUUCUGCAGGAGCACUGGCACCUGAUUAAACAAAGGCCCUUCGUAUACAGGCGCCAGGAGCUCGACGAGGGGCCCUUUCUAAGGAACUUGGUCAAAUCGUUGACAUACCACUUGGCCAAAUACAACCCGCUGCUCCAGCACUCCAGCUUAGACUUUAGUCCUCAGGUGGGCUUUUACUGGAGGAGAGGAGAGAGAAUUAUUCCGAGGGGCCACAGGAGGGGGAGCCUGGAGCCCACUAGGUUCCAAAUAGACGAUCAGCCACUGUGCCAGCUUCGAGUAACGCAGCAGCUACCACAGGUGGUCCCGAUGGAGGAGUCCCACACCGCUGACGUUCCAGACGUUGCGUUGUCUCCCAGUAUGUUGCCGCUCUUCAAGCGGCAGUACACUAACACCAUCUUCACAGGUAGUAAACUCCCCGACCCGGCGUGCUACGGUCACACGCAGUUCCAUUUGGUGCCCGACCGCUACCGUAGGGAUCGCAUGGCCAGGCGUCAACAGUCGGACCAGGUGGAGGUGUUCCUCAGGGCCAACGCCAUCGCCAGCCUCUUUGCGUGGACCGCCGCACAAGCCUCCUAUCAAGGUUUCUGGAACCAUGAGGACGUGAGCCGAGGCUUCGUGUCCCAGGCGGUGAUCAGCGAUGGCCGCUUCUUCUCCUUCUUCUGCUACCAGCUGAACACACUGAUGUUGUCCACGCGCACCGACGCCGGCAACCCCCGCAAGAACCUCCUGUGGGGCACAGAGAGCGUGCGCCUCUACGACGGGGUGGAGGACGAGCGCGUGCUCGGCCUCAGUGACGAUGCCAUCCGCCUCCUGGUGCGCUUCCUUCUUAGGCGGCCCCCGGAGGACCCCCCUGUUCCAGCGUGA